UUGACUUCAGUCGAGUAAUUUUUCGUACUGCUGACAAUCAUGAAGCUCUCGUUGACUCUUCUCGUGAUCUUUGGUCUCGUUGCCUUCAUUGGAGCUGCUCCAGCUGAAGAAGAGCCUGAAAUUCCUGAAGAAUUCAAAGAAGAUCUUCCAGCUGACGAGCAAGAUGAAGCUCUAGAAGUACCACAAGAUGUGGACGAGGACGAAGACAUCCGAGAUUCAUUCCUUCAGCGUAUUCAAAUGGACCCGCACAAAGUACGAAAGCCGAUAUGCAGAGCUCGUUCUUGUGCAAAAGGCUGGCAUCUCGUUCAUAAAGAUUCAAAAAAAAUCUGCUGCUAUGGCUGGAAAUUAAGUGGAAAGAGAUGUCAUCCCAGGAGAUGGCACCGCUCCCGUAAAUAUAACUGUUCUUUCUGGGCGAAGUAUUGCCAGAGGCGUUACAAGUACGUGGUUUAUUGUGUAAGACGCGUACACUAGACAAAUAAGCAACUUCAAAAUGAAAUGGCAUAAGGAACGAACAAAUUGGCUUAACAGUGAUCUUAGCUACUGAUAACCAAAUGUAAUUCGGAAUCAUUUGUAAAGUAGUUUUUUUUUUCUUUAGAAUUUUGUAUUUUUGUAGUCAGAAAAAAUAAAAUCCAUUCAAAACCUAAA